AUGGAUUAAGUUAAGCCAAAAGUAUUUUUUGUUUUAGGAGGUACAUUCUUAUCGAUUCAUCAAUCUAGGACCUGGAGCAGGAAAGGGUACUUAAAGUGCAAAAAUGGUAGAGAAAUAUCAUUUUGUUCACUUAUCUGCAGGUGACUUAUUGAGAGAGGAGGUAUUAAAUUAUUGUAUUUUAAAGAGAUCUAAAAAAACACAAAAUGCUGAAUUGAUUGAGGAAAUCAUUAAGAGUGGGUAAAUUGUCCCAGUAACUAUGNAAAUACCAUGA